CUGUCAAGCAGUGCGUUCCGGGGAAUGAGAACUCCAGGGCAUCACCCGAGGCUAAAGCCCCCGAGCGGCCAGCGUGGACCGGAAUGCUCGGGGCAGGGCGUGCAGAAGCCCUCCGCGGCGGCAGGGGGCGCUGCGCGGGACGCCGAGGCCGUCGGGUCGGCGCCGCGCCGCUCUCUGGGCGGGGUGGGCCGGCGUACGUGCGACGUCGGCGGCAGAGGUGGCGGCGGCGGGCCCAGCUCGGCUGCUUCUGGCUCCUGGUCCGGUUCGGCGUUUGGCUGCCCGCUUGGGCGGGCACCAUGGGCAAGCGGGACAAUCGGGUGGCCUACAUGAACCCCAUAGCGAUGGCCAGAUCCAGGGGUCCAGUCCAGUCCUCAGGGCCGACAAUCCAGGAUUAUCUGAAUCGGCCAAGACCUACCUGGGAAGAAGUAAAAGAGCAACUGGAGAAGAAAAAGAAAGGCUCCAAGGCUUUGGCUGAGUUUGAAGAAAAGAUGAAUGAGAACUGGAAGAAGGAACUAGAAAAACACAGAGAGAAAUUAUUAAGUGGAAGUGAAAGCUCAUCCAAAAAAAGACAGAGAAAGAAAAAAGAAAAGAAGAAAUCUGGUAGGUAUUCAUCUUCUUCUUCAUCAAGCUCUGAUUCUUCCAGCAGUUCUUCGGAUUCUGAAGAUGAGGAUAAGAAACAAGGAAAAAAGAGGAAGAAAAAAAAGAGCCAUUCACAUAAAUCUUCUGAGAGCUCCAUGUCGGAAACUGAGUCGGACUGUAAGGACAGUUUAAAAAAGAGAAAGAAAUCAAGGGAUGCAACGGAGAAAGAAAAGGACAUUAAAGGACUCAGCAAGAAAAGAAAGCUGUGUCCUGAAGAGAAGCCUUUGUCGUCGGAUUCGUUGUCAGAACCAGAUUAUAUUGAGGAGGUACGAGCGAAAAAGAAGAAAAGCAGUGAAGAACAAGAAAAAGCAACAGAAAAAACAAAAAAGAAAAAGAAGCAUAAGAAACACAGUAAGAAGAAGAAAAAGAAGGCUGCAAGUUCAAGUCCUGACUCGCCGUAACAUCAAAACCAAUCAGGAUCGCUUAUAAAGAAAGUGCAAUGUGUAAGGAAAUUUCAACUGUGAAAACCAUGGCAUAGUUAGUACAAUGCAUGAUUCCCUUGUUCGUAGAAUUACUCCUGGACUGUUCGGUGGCCGCUCCGAUGCCACCGCGUGCGAGGGCCGUGACUGCUGCCCACUGCCUGACACCUGUUCUCUCCCUUCCAGCGCUUGGCAACUCUGGGAGCUCAGACACUGCAGUCAUACCUAGUGACUGAGAUACUUGGGAAGGAAGCUAAUAACUUUGACUAAACCUAUCUAGCAAUGAAUCGACAGAAACACUCUGGGUAUGUCCGUAAGAUGUAAUUGGAAAUCACCAGAUGAUUCUAGAUCAAUUUUUGAGUAGGGUUUCUAUUGAUAUUCCAGAAUCCUUACUCUGUAGAUAAGUGUAUUUUAAUUUUGCCCCUUGUAUACUUGUACUUUCCUGGGGAAAUGAACUUUGGGGGGGUUGGGGGGUUGCUAUCUCUUUAGCUAGCAGAAUGGUGUGCCUUGGGUCCUCCACACGUCCUCCUGUGGAUACAAUAGCCAUGCCUCCCCGGGAAGGCCUCACGGGGAAGGUGGGGUGCAGCCAGCCUCGCCCUGAGCCUCGGGCGCUGCUCUG